AAACAAAAAUUAUUUGAGCUCAAAGUUAUGUUACAUACCUGGACAUUUAAUGACACAUUAACUGUUAUAUUUCACCUUCGCAGACCUCUGAAAUUGUAUUUAGUAUUUUUAUUUACUUUUCUUUUCCAAAUUUUCCUUCCUUUUCGCUCCCGCGCGACACCAGCGGAAGACCAAAACAAUGAUUUACAGUAAUACUUCAUUUAAAGUGAAACAUAAUAGCAUUGCCAGUUGUCAUUGUAAAUUGUUGUUGACAACAGAGAUCUGAAAUUUGAAGGAAAAUGAUAGAAGUUGCACUAGUUAAACGUGGGGCUAGGAUAAGUUUAUCGACAGCAUACGAUGAAAAGUAUCCGCCUGAAAACAUCAUUGAUGGGUAAGGAUUAAAUAAAUCACAUUAACACAUAUAAAAUCAUCAGGGACGAUGUCAAUGUUUAUUGAUAUUCAUUUUGAAAUAUUGAAUGAGGUUGCAUGAACAUGAUAUGAAGGUUAUAAUUUAUCGAGCCUGGUUGCAUUCCAUGUAAACUCUAUGUCGGAGAUACGGCGAUACAAGAUAGAUAAGACAUCAAAAUAAAUAGCCAAAAAUACAAAAUAAAUAUUGGGCAUAUGCCAAUAUUUCAAAACAAUUUACAUAAUUUGGGGACUAAAACCUAGGACCGAUACCGAUCCUGGGUCACAUAUAAUAGGCAAUCCUAUGUGCCUUACUGGAAAGCUUGGAAAUUGCGUGGCCGAGAUUUCGAAAAUUUAAUUAACAAUUAUUCGCCAAAGGCGAGGUGAUUAUCGGUAAAUAAAACCCGAGACGAAGUCGAGUUUUUUAUUCACGAUAAUCACCAAGCCUAUAAGGUGUAUAAUUUCAUAGUUGAUUAUUUGGAAAAAAAUUUUAAAAAUAGUUACAUGUUUCUUCGUCGUUUAAUUGACAAAAUGGCUUUGGCCGCCAUUUCGAAAAUCGCUUAAUAGGUGAUUAUCGCAUUAUAUCACCUGGUCUAUGUAAUUAUACUAAUAGUAAAUAUAUAGAAAGCAUCAAAAUUGCGCACCCGAAUGACCCGAUAUCUCGGGCGCACAGUACAAACUUUCCACACUGGCCUGUGUGCUUUGGAGACUGAAAACUGUACUUAGUAAUCUCACACAAAUCCAGACUAGAAAGUUUGCAAAUAAUGCACAUGCAAAGGAGACAUUUUUGUUCCCCAAAAGUAUGCGCAUAAAAAUUUUGAAAAUUAUGCAGACUACCAAUUUUUCAGUCUGUGUCCACGCCAAGGGUCCGCACAAAAAAAAUAAGAAAAAAUGAGAUGACAUAAAUGCUCUCAGUCACUACUCUGUGUACACCUGAUUACAGUACUGUAGAACAAUGGGAAUCCAAGAUGGCAGUUCAGAGAGAUGUUUAUUCAUUUGUUUAUUUCAUUUUUUAUUUAAACUUGUUUCAUGCCAAAAAUAUUUAUUAAUCCACUUGUAAUUGCCAUAAUUUUAACUGCAGCAAAAUAUUUUUUAUGCAUAUAUAGUCAAUAUUUUAGUCAAUAUUUUCUCCACAAUGUGCUGCAUGUGCAUUUUAUGCUGAAUUGCUGCGCAUAUGCAUGCGCACAAGUUUUCUAAAAGUGUACAUUAUGCAUGCAGACAGCCAAGGGUCUAAAGUGGGAAGGGAGAAAUCCUUUGCACUAGAGUACAAUCUUUCCAGUGUGGACACCAAAUGUACUAGUCUAGCAGCUGUACCAAAAACUUUUUUUUGACUCUCAUGUCAAUUUACGCCAACACAUUUAGUAUUACCUCACAGCAGAGAUCUCAGGCAAGGAGUGCAUGGAGUAUGCACCCUGCACGUUAUCAACUAGAAGUCAAAAGCUGAAGUUCAUAACACAAGCUAUUUUAUAAGCUUUGAUAAUUUAGUUAACACAUUAACCCUCUGAGUGGCAAUCCACCAUACACUCCGUCAGGUACUUUAUUUAAUUUUACUCUGUCUUGACUCUAAUGCCAAAUGAUUUUACUUGUCAAGGGGUUAUAGUCACCCUUACCAUUGAGCCUGCCACUCGAUGGGUUACAUGUAAGUUGUAUUUCGCCCUAGCGCCAGGCAAUUUUACUUGUCAAGAGGAUGGCACAGGUUCAAUAGAUUAAACUCAGGGGUGGCAUAUGUUGCAGCAGUUAGGGUAAAUGAUAGGUUGUUAUUAAAAGAUUAUACAACACUAGAUGCCAAGUCCUCACUCAUUUGUCAGAUCAGAAAUCGUGAAUUCUUUUGUCACAACAAAACUUAAGUGAAUGCAUGGUACAGUACGUGGGUGAGAUCAGUGCAUGAUUAUACAGGGCCUGAAAUUUUGCAGUAUUCCAUUAUCAGAGGAUACUAAGAUUUGAUUUUGGAUACCAAACUGUGAAUGGCUUGUAUUCCAACUGGCAGGGCCUUUUUUAAGGAUUUUCCCGUGGGGGGGGGGGCAUUUUUUGAAUUUAAGGGACCUUUCUGUGAUAUAAUAUUAUUAGAGGGGGAUAGCAAUGGCUGAAGGCCAUGUGUGUGGCCAAUAUACCACGCAUGAUUGGGGGGGUCUGGGGAUGUACUCCCCCAGAAAAUUUUUGAAAUUUGAAUCCCGGAAAUGUCAUUUCCUGCAUUCUGAGCAUCCAAAUUUGCUCCAAAAUGGAUGCUAACUAUACUUGUAUUUGAAAUUAAAGAAGGAAAAAAUGCACAAAAAGUAGAAUAUUAAAAUAGAGGGAUAAUCCCCAGAAAAUGUUUGAAACUUGAGACCCGGAAAUGCUAUUUCCUGCAUUUUGAGCAUCCAAAAAAUAAAAAAAUUAUUAACAAUAAUUUAUCAUUACUUAGUGGUAGAAAAACGUAAGAAUUUAAAUCGAUUUUGCUAAACAAGGACAAAGGAUAAAGCCUAAAACUUUAAACUUACUUAGUUUCCAUUUAUCUAUUUGUUAAUCUUCGCUGGUUUGUUUGUAUAAUUUUAGGAAAAAGGGACUUUUCCUGGUGGGGGGGGGCAAAAUGUGAUUUCGUGGGGGGGGGGGGGCCACAAGGGGGGACUGGGGGCAUUUGCCCCCCCCCCCCUAGCUUGUAUGUUAAAAAAGGCCCUGCCAACUGGAUAUUAUAUCACAAAAUUUCACACAUUAGGAUACUAGCUGCGAGAGCGCUCGAUAUCUCCAACUAUUGAUCUGCCAUUAUGGCUUUAAAGCUUUGAGUCUGCCUUCUUGGAAAUACAAGCAGCCUUUGAUUUCCAACUUGCGGCAUGGUUUGUUGUAGACUGUUGAGUCUCCUGUUGUUAUUGUAAUUUAUAACAAUUAUGAUAGCUACAACACUGUAUAAUAUGUCCUUUGAUAAUUGGUUCAGCGAUGCCAUAAAUUGUGUUAAAUAUAUAACCACUAUAGUAUCCAAAUAUGGGGUAUUGGAUGUGAUACUAGAACUUUAAUUAAUCCUAGUCUCUCAGUGGGAUACUGCCGAGAAAAUUUCAGACCUUGGAUUAAAACAUGCUUAGACUGCCAUAAAGUUACACUUAGUCUGUCCAGUAAGCUGUCAGUAUGCCAAAAAUUAUUUUCAUUGUCUUUGUAAUGAUCUCCCAUGGUGGUCAUUUCAAAAAAUGAAUAAUUUGUCCACAGUAAUCGAUUUAGGAAACACAAAUUAAAGUUUUUGCAUGACUUCUACUAGACAAACUUAAUAUAAUUUAAGAUUAGUAUAGGCUCCUUUACCCUGACUUGUCUCAAAUGACAUCACCAUCAGACUAAUUACAUCUCUCCAUUUUGAUCAUCCGAGGUAACAAUCACACUAGUUCAUUAAUUUUACCAGGGGCGGAUCUGCUAUGGGGGUGCAAGGGUAUGUGGCAUAUGUGCACCCCAGGUAAUGUUGCCUAGCACCAUCUAGAGAAGUUCAGCACCAUCCUGAAAACAUCUGCUUGAACAUACAGUAUGUUUUACUUUACUUCUUUUCGAAUAGAGCUGUUAGUGACACUUCUAAUGUUAGCAUGUGUCUAUUUCUUGAAAUGAUUUAAUUGAUUUAGUUAAAUCAAUGUUAAACAUCAUGGUUAAAUACACAAACAUGUAGUCGAGGUUGUCAUACUGUACAGCCAUAUUUUAAAAUUUUCUGUACUUUAACAGUAACUGUCCAGUCAUGCUGAUAAUUUACAACCUUCAUAAACAAAAGAUAAACAGCGAAAAUACAAAUUCAGCUGUCUCAAGUAUUGUAUGGUAAUAUUGGGACAGUAGCAUCGAAAACUGCAGAGAAAGUGGGCAGAGAGGCUUCCUCAUACAUCACCACCCCAUGGAAAACCUGUACCCCUCCCUGCAGAUGAGGCAGAUCCGCCCCUGCGUGUGAGGCUACAUUGCCUAGAUGAUAUCACAUUUUCAUAGUCUUGCAAAUCCAAAUUAUGAGUAGAUUUACACAACAUUAUCAGGGUUCUCCUUAUCAGGCGGUAACCGGCGGGUAAAAUUUACCGUUUACACGACCACUCAUUGCCGCCUGAAGAAGCCUAGAGUUUGUGUACAUUUGUUAAGAAAUAAUUAGUAAUACGGUUCGUGUAGGUGUACCUACAAACCUCUGGGGUGUACUCACGAAAUCUGCAGAAGUCUCUCAAUUCGAAAUGGCAUAUCCUGUGUUUUGAGGGAAGAUUUAAACUUAUUUUGAAUACUGUCUAUUUAAAGAUUAUAUCCUAAACACACACCUUGUUAAAUAAACUAAACAUUUUUCGUUAUUUAAUUACUCAGUCCCCAGGCCCACGCUGCCGAUGGGUUGACAAUAUGAUCGUCCCGUCAAAAAAUGUUCUUUAUCAAUCGGGUUUGACGUGACGCUUAUACCUGUUGAAAAAUCUGAGGUUUUACCUGUUCCACUCACGACUGUAGAGAACACUGCGUUAUACUAUAUAACUUUUAUGUUUGUCAACAUAUUUUGCUUUGAUAUUUCCUGUGUUGGUGUAAUGUACUCAGGUGAAUAACAUGCUUGUGAUGUUACUCUGAGUGUAUAUCCACACCGGGCAGGCUUGAAAAAUAUUCCCACCGUGGCCAGGCAUAUUUUCAAGCCUGCCCGGUGUGGAUAUACACUCAAAGUAACAUCACAAGCAUAUUUUGCUUUAUUCGUACAGCAACUUUCUCUUUGUUUAUUGUAUGCAUGUACUUUAUGUAUCUCCAACUGUACAUGGAAUAUUAUUUAGAAUGUUUGCAAUAUAACCCAUGCAUGCACAAACAUGUGUUGUGCGAAGAAGUUAAUAAUUUAAUGUAUAAUAAACGCACAUGUACAGUACAGCGAUUAUAGUAUUUUAUUUUUGUUAGUGUCUCCAAAGCUUCAACCAGAAAUGUAAAGAGGUCCAGGUUAUCAAAUAGUGUUCUGCUAAAUUAAUCAUAAGUAGGUCUAGUAUAACUAGUCAGUAUAAAGGAACCAAUGAAAUUACCAAAGAUAGUGUGUGGGAUCAGUGAUAUGAAGUCCUAAUCUUGAAAGCUGCAAAUGUAGAAAAAAGUAGGUUGAAUUGAUAAUAAUCUGUAAGUUACUUUUGGCAAUGAAAUGAGUUGUGAUCUUGGAUAAUUAUUUCCUAAUGCUUGUGAUAGGUCUGAGUACUUUUGUUAUGUAAAUUAGAUCUUCUUUAGGCACGUUAUUUUGUGCUUCUCGUUGCAUCACUUAUUGUGUGUGUAGAAAAUUAUUAAAAAUUGGAACCUUGUUUCUUUGAUUUUUGCUUUCGCGUAAUAAGUUGUGGAGAAGGAGGACAUGGUUGUACCACGUUGAAAUGAUCUGUGUAUCCCAAGCUUUCCAAAAAUUUCUAUUUUUUGAGCCCUUUAAAACAAGCAAUCAAAGAUUUGAUCAACAAAAGAAGAAAACGACAACAACAACACAAAUUUAUUUAAUUCAAAUUCAAACCUCGCUUUAAUUCCCAAGUCGAUGCAAUAAGUGGUGUUGGACUGCAAGUUUAUUUUCUCUAAUCCUAUUGUAGAAGUUGUGUGGAAACUGAACUUUCCCUGUAUUUUCAUUCCGGUGCGUUGUGGCCUAUGUAUAACAAGCAGUUAAUGAUGUACUUUAAUUGUCUUAGUCAAAGAAUAUUGACAAAAAGAUAACCGUGAUGCUUUGGUAUAGGAACUUUCUCUUUUAGCACAUGAGGAUGUUAAAAACCAAACAUCACUUUGAGGGGUAUUAGUUGUCCAGAUGAGUUGCAAUCACAGAAACUUCUCUUCUUAAGUCCAUGCAUCCUUCGAAAGUAUUAAUGUGCCUGACGGUGAUAACCACAGACUCCGUCAAACGCUCCAACUUGAGGAAUGAAAUGCAGUUAUCUUUGAGUAUUGCAGUGAGAGCCUUUACAUAGACACUGUAUCAAAACAUAUUUUAAUUUUUAAUGUUGAAUUAUAUUGAUUAUCAUUUCUUGGAAUCAUGUUGUCUGGUGAGAAAUUUACAUUAUAUAUUUGUCAAUGAUAUCCAAUUAAAUUAUGAAAAUAAAAUAUAGAAAUAAAUUUAAAUCCGCAUUUGCAGAAAGUUUAGAGUACAACCUAAUUUUACAGUAUAUACUGUACACUCUAAAAACACUCUGGUUAAAUUUGGGUUAAUUCAACCAGUACGGGGUUAAAAAUCCACCUACACAAGUCUGGUUAAAAAAAAUUAACCAUUUUCCUGGUUAAAAGUCCAAAAAAGUGUACCAAAUUUUUGUUGAAUUGAUAAUUUUUAACCAGGAAAUGGGUUAAGUUUAACCAGAAUGUGUUAGGUGGAUUACUAACCCAAUUCCUGGUUGAAUUUAACCAGAGUGUUUUUAGAGUGUACCUCAUUUAUUAAUCUUGUGAAUGAUAUAAAGUUGUCAAUAAAUAUGUAGAUCAGUAUCUGAAACAAAAACGACACGGUUAUAAAGUGAUAUAUAAUAUUUGUUGUGUUGUAAUGUACUCAGGUGAAUAAGAUUCUUAGAACAUCCCGAGUUACAAUUAACGAAAUUAGGCAUCGUGUUUGGUAUUUUAGUAGUGUUUGGACUUUGAUAUAAUAUGUCUUUCCAAUAUUGAAAAGUUUUUCUUCCGAAUUCUAGACUGAAAUAUAAUCCUUGUAGAAGGAAUCCUACGAUAAAUAUCUUUAUCCACACUGAAAAACUUUUCAAGCAGUAUAUCAAUAAUAAAAAUUAAGUUUGCUUACCAAUAAAAACGAUGCAAAUUUACGAUACAAAUAACAACGUGGUCGGCAAUUUUUUCGAUGAUGACAUACCUUCGGUGAUUCUUUCGUGGAUCACCCCUCACAAGCGAUUUCUCUCCCCCCCCCCUCCUGACUAGCUUUGUCUUGUCAAUUCCAAUAUGUCACUGUUUUUUGUUGGUUGUCACACAUUGCUGUAACAGUAUUGUUUCUUCGUGGGUCUUGUGGGUAUAUGGAUAAAGUUACGUUCACCACGAUUUGUCGUCCGGUUUCUGAGUUGGCGAAAUGCGCAUGACGAGUUUGUAGUCCGUUGACAACAUAUCAUCUAUCGACAUAACUGAAAGUAUUCGUCCUUGACAUGAAAUCAUGCCCGACAAAGCAAGUUGAGUUUACACACAGUGGUCUUCAUUCACAUCUGUUGUUUGUGACAUAUACUUCUGUCAAAAGAUCUUGACAUUCAAGGUGGGUACCCGUAUUACAUAUUAUCGAUGUAGACAUUGGGAAUGUUCAUAUAUAUGUUUCGAUUAAAUAAAUCUGGAUGUGAACACUAUAUAGAACUCGUAUUUGGAAACCACCGUUUUCUAAAUGUGAAUACAGAUUUAAUUCCCGCACUCUUCGAGAACUGCCCCAAACUUCACAGUACGUCUCCGAUCAAAAAUGCAAAAACAGCAGAUUUUGUUAAUUAUUUCUGAUUACGAUUUAUCAAUUUCACCACUCAUAAUCAUUAAUUUCUGUGACCAUGUUAUUCUUCUUCGUAGACACUAAUCUAGUAAAUGUUCUGGAUUCUUCGUUGUUUCUAUAUGAUUUGCAAACUAUCAGACAGCUGACAUAUAAGCCCACAUUCAGCACACACGUAUUUGACAGCUUUUCUAUUAUUGUCUAUUUCCAUACUUUAAUUUAUUAUAAUGUGAAAUGUCUUGUAGAGCUAUUGAAAUUACGAUUUUUUACUUACCCCAUAGUGUGAUAAAAGUUAUAGAACCACUGAACCAGUCCGGUUAUGUGGAGAUUAAAUACUCAUAGUAUGAGUGUGGACUGUUUGUCGUUUUCGACCCAUUUUGAUUCUACAAGACAUUUUAAUACCUUUUGACAAACCGUCAUUUAUUUUAGAGUAAGCAUUUUGGGGGUAUAAAAUAGGUUGAUUUAAAAUUAAUAAAUUUACACCUACACUAACUCGUACUGUACACAAAAAAUCUUGCCUUGUAUUUCAUGAUGUCAUAUUUUGUUGUUUGUUUAAUGCUCAUUUUUUAAAACAAUUCUCUUUCGUCUUCUAAAAUCUUACUCUUUCCAAUACUGGCAGUCCGCCAUGCUUUUGAGAUCAGUGAUGAUCUGGCCACCUAUGACUCCCAUGCGCCGCGAUAAUUGAAUGAGAUUUCAAUCCGCUUUCUGCCCUUUCCAGAAUUACUACCCUCGCCACGAUUUUUGCAUGAGAAUAAGGUGAAGAAGCAAGAUUUUUACAGGAUUGUCUUGAUUUGCUGUUUUGUUCCUAUUUUUACAGAAAUAAUAACACGUUCUGGUCGACAACAGGAAUGUUUCCUCAAGAGUUUGUAAUAAGUUUUCCUUCCACAGUGGAAAUUGAUGCUAUCAAAAUGACGUGUUCAAACGGUAAUCUUGAUUUUUGAGAUUCUUAAAUAGAGAGUUAGUGCUGUAAAAUUAAUUUGAACCCCACCAACUUUUCAUGACUAAACCCACUUUUGAAGACCUUACCCUGAAUACUGACAAUCAUAAACUUUUAGAAAGCCAUAUGCGACAUAAUUCUAAGACUUAAAUUGUAUGACUAACAUCGGUUUCAAGUAACUGUAUAACUGUAGUUGCUAUAAAUGUGUUCUAAUGUCCAGAAAUCGUGGACAUGGUUUAUUCUACUUCCUUCUCAAUUUGCAUAUCACUUUAAAAUAUGGCUUCAACAGUAAACUGUGAAUUAGCCAUUUCUCAAUCUAGCAGAAGACUGGGACUAGUUGAUGUUUGCAGGGACGCGUUUGGAGGGACAGCAAGUUAUAGUAAGCGAGCUAAAUCUAUAUUAAAAGAUGCUUUAUUAUAAUUGUUGCGUUUCAGGCUGCACAAAUAACUUUAGGAAUGCAGGAAAACUUCCUAGGUGCCCUAUUCGGUAUAUUGUUUAUUUUUGUUCCUCUAAACAAGCGACUAGACCCAGUCCUCUGCUCGAUUGGGAAAUGUACCGCGACAUUGUUAAUCGCAAAAUCUGAGAAUAAAGUAAAUCGUUUACAACUUGCCUCAAUCGCCGGCUGUAAAACAAAGCCUGUCGAAGUAUUUAGUGUAAUGUGGACCUGAUUUCAGUUACUAGUUACAAUAUUUGUACGGAGGUUAGUCGACAUUUGUCUAUUUAAUUCUAUAUAAGAAUACCCAUACUACUGCCACUAGGAACAAACGAAAAUGCAGAAGAGCCAGCCAACUAAUGCCAGACAAAUAUUACACUAAAUGUUUCUGCAAACUUUAUUCUGCAACUAACAGCAUCGCGUAAUAUAAUUUACUGUUACUGCAGAAACCAUGUCACAGACCUUACACAUGUCACAGACCUUAAAUAUAAAAUUGGACCAACGGACGGUUUUGCCACGUAUAAGAUUACCUUACUUUAACCGUUAUACAAAUCACUGAAAAUAAUUUCGAAUGCUAGGACAAUAAAAGGGUAUAAAAAACUAGAACAAUGUAUAAACGAUACAAUAUUUUAGUUAUAGAAUGAGUAACAUACGAAAAUAUCUUCAAAAUCGCCUCAACUUUCGAUAAUACGAACCAAUUUAUUAUGCCAAAUUUGAAUAAAUUUAAUCCCCAAACCUGAGGACAUUUAUGCAUGGACAAACAAUCUAGCCAAUGUCCGCAGAUGCAUCGAUGGUAUGCAAAUUAGUUAGGGAGUAGAAAAAUCAUGUCCCUGAUUUCUGCAUGCCAUGUGAAUAUAUGAACCAAUUUUGUGAUGAAAUUUUAAAAAUAGUUAAUACUAUGUGACUACUGUGAGAAAUUUGCAUCGUAGCGUUUGUUAUUUUCAGCUAUACGGACAACAAAAAAUGUGAUUUCAAAUAAUAUUUAUAAGAAUGUCAAAUCGUGUUAGUUGUUAUUAUUUCAAAUCGACCGUAUAAUAAUCCCAAGCAAUUUUCGUCAUAGCUAGUUUCCAAUGAUUUUAAGGCCCAAUUCCACGACGUGCGAAAUGGGAAAAUUUUCGCGCGGAAAGGUUGAACGCAUGCGCAAUAUGAUUUUGGAAUGUUUUUUUCUGCGAAAUAUUUCUCUUCGCCGGGUAGUUCAAUUCGUUUCUACGCCGUUGUGAAAUGGAUGGAAAUAUCGGAGCCAAUCAAACGCUUGUGUUUUGGAUGGCAAAGUAGCGAAACCAAUCAAAUGCUUGUGUUUUGGCGAAUUUUUUCUCUACUGUGGAAAUCACUACGAGAAAAAUUUUCGCACAAGUGUGUUUUCGAGCGAAAUUUUUCGCAUUUCGCUCGUCGUGGAAUUAGGCCUUUACGAACUGUAACAUGCUAUUGAAUGAGCAAAACAGUCUGCAACGAAUGUUUAAAGUACACUGUCAUGUUGUUCACUUCAAAUAAAACCACUCAUUGAUGCAUAUACAUGUAGUAUAUACAAGAGAGCAUUUCCUAAUACUGUAUAUACUGUAUACAUUGCUUGGAACGGCUGUCAUUUUGAAUCGGAUGGUUGCUUUCGUAAUCAUAAAUCACAUAACACAACGUUGUCAUUGGGUGUGCUGUAGAAGUGCCAGUUUCUGUCACCAAACUUUCGUGGUGUGUUGGAAGAAAGGUGGAAAAUAAGAAAAAUACACUCGACCCAUUUUAAGACACUGAUCCUUUCGGAGCUGUCGUUAUGUUAACGCCCCAAACCCUCCCCCUUCCCCCCACCACUCAAUGUUGUGUAUUGUGGAACAAUUGUAGGUUUCGCCCAACUCAAUUUCAUUGUCAACAUUGAUCGGUGGGGAAAGAGUAAGGCUAUCUAGUUUAGGCGGGAAUGUGGCUGGAUCAUAUCAACACUCAAUAGACUUUAUAUUACAAUCGGAAUUUCGAAAAAGAUGUUGUUCCAGCCCAGCCAGGAUCGAAACAGGCCCUCAAAGGACAGACUUUUAUAUGAAUAUCUUCCAUCUUGUUUUUUAGUAAAACAAAUGUGCAUUGAAAAAUCAUCCGAACAAGAACCUGUUGAUUUCGAACCACUUUCAGAAAAAGGUUGGUAUUGAUCUCGGUAAAAUGAGUCAGUAUUGCCUUAAGGUUACUUCUCACGAUGAACGUGCGUUUUAGUCUAUUGGACAUUGCGCAACGAAUUUUCAGUGAAGAAAGCAAGGAAAAUGCUGAUUUCGACAAUUUUCAUUUGAUGGGUGUUCAGUUUCAACAUUUUCAGUAUUGGCUGACUGAAUAAAUAUAUAGAUACCUUCAUAAAAAAAUCAAAGUAUGUUUAUAGUUUACCUCGACGUUUGUCUAGAUAUCGCAAUUCGAAUUUUUAUAGGCACGGUAAAAAAAACGUGUGCGGAAAAUUUCUCUUCUUUAGUGGUUUUUGUAUCUGCGAAUGCAGAUAUAUAACCUGAAGUUCAGGCCCUAAUUUGAAAUAGGGCCUGACAUCUAGUGGACGGGAAAUCUUAUUGGUUGAUCAGCAUCAUGAAAGAUUUUGAUUGGUCGCAAGUUCACAUAAACAAUAGUUUUAAAAAUAGCUCGGUCAACGAGACAAUUAAGGUCAAACGCAUGUAUCAAAUUCCAUUUAUAUCGAAUUUCUUCUUUAUGGCAGAAAAUAAAUCAAACAAACAGUAUUUUGAAAGGGCUUUAUCAAAAUCUUUGACGAAAUUUGGACACACGACGCUGAAAGAACAGCAAAACUAGUCAUGUAUUCGAAAGCUUGUUGUUAACAGCCAAGAUGUCUUUGCUGUUCUGCCAACUGGCUUCGGCAAAAGUCUUAUUUAUCAGGUCCUACCGGCGUUUUCUGAGCUACAUCGCCUUCUUCGUGGUACGAUUGAGAAUUUUGUUCUUGGUGUUGUUUGUCCGUUAGAGUAUAUCCGCGUCCAGCAAGUUGAGACUUUGAGAAAGCUUGGCAUUCAAGCCGUGCACAGAACUGACUAAUUGAUCUUUGUUUGCUGUUCGGUUAAAUAGCUAUAGAGAAACUGAACUCUUAAUUAUAUAAAAGUACUUUGAAUUUUUAAGUUUAAUUAAAAAGCAAAAUGCACACUCUGCGGACAUGUUCAUGAGAAUAUAAAUUUUUUGUGCAAUGAAAUCUACAACACUUGUAAAUCAUAAUUAUUGCAUGACUGUGUCUAAAAAUAAUAUGUGGGCGUUCCACGGUCUAGACAGGUUUUGUGUCAGGCCCUUUUUAAAAUUAGGACCUGAAUUUCAGGUUAGCAGAUAUAUUGCUAUCGUGCGCGUACUGGAAGUGAGCGUGCUCAUAGCCAAUCAACGACAGCAUAUAGAUGAAAUGACGUAAUGAUACUAAUUUCAAAAUGGCGGUUUACUGAAGGGUGAAACAAAGGGAAAUUUGUGAAUUUACGAUUAAAAUUAUACGUCAAACGCAGUCAAAACAACGUCAUUUUACUAGUCUGAAUAUGGCAAAUGUCCAUAGUGCAUUUUUGGCAAGCAUUUGAAGGGUUUCAUCAUUUAAUACGGAGUGGAAACGAAAUGAUUCGCAAUUUUUUUGACAAGAAAAUUAUUGACUAAUGGCAUUGAGAAUACUAUUAUGAAACUAUGAAAGUAAUGAUUCUUCCACAUGUUGCCGCUGUAGGUGUAUAUUGAGUUGUAAGUGUUGAUGUUUAUGUACUUCUCAAUUUAACAUUUUCAUUGGUGACUUUAAUUAAUAUAAAUUAGUUGAAUGAAACCAAUAGAAGGCUAUAUAAUUUCGUAAGGUUACAUAAUUUCUUUAUCAAUGAUCAAACUAUAGACAAUUGGUGUCUGCUUUCAUCACAGACUUUGGUAGAUCAUUUUUAUACAAAUUUAGCAGAGUCAGAAGCUAAGUCACACAUAUUGGAAAUAUUUCUCUUAAAGCAGUGGCCUAUGUACAUUGAAUAAUUGCUUUCACUAAAGUAAAGCCAGAGUCAUAGUGGCUGCAUAAAGAGCAGAGAUUCACCAUUAGAUUGAAUAUCAAUACUUAUAGCAACAGUUGCAACCAGUCAUAAUUAUCAACUUGCAGUAUAUAACUAUAUAUCCUGGAGGGGGUGCUCCCUUCUUCAUCCACCCUGAUUUCUGCAACUGAAUGUCAUUGCCAAGAACACCAGUAAGCAAUUUAUAUCCCCCUUCCCUUAACCCAUACUAUAUUGUCUUAUAAUCAACAACAACCAUAUGUCAUAAUGGGAUCUUAUUUAUAGCACACAAUGUACAAAACUAACAUAAUAUUCUGUUUAUUGGAUUUUCUUCCACGACAAAAUAUUGCAUGGAUCUGGUAUGCUGAAUUAUAUCAUUCUAUUCAAGACCUAUAUGCAUCGAUUAUACUUCUAAUUUUUAUACUUGUCAUCAUUUGUUACCGAUGAAUGACUUUCAAUAUAUGACCUAUUUGAUAUAUUUAAUAUGCAUAAACAGUUGAUUUGUGUGCCAUCAACCCUGACUAUGACAUUUCUAAAAUGAAAUAGAUCAAUUAUAAACAGCAGAAAUGUUGAUGUUAUGUAUCAAUUAUGGUAUAAAAAGGCUUUCAAAACUCUGCAAAUGUAUAUUGGCACCACCUGUUAUCCUGACAACUUCUAUGCAUCAACAAUGUUCUCGCAUGCCUGCUAAAGUUUAUUAUGAACUGUCAAGAAGAUUUAGAACCCGAAAUGUUUUAACAAGAACACAGGGAUGGAUUUACGGCGGGGGGGGGGAUGCAGUGACGGGUGUGCACUCCCCUAGCCCUGGCCAGAGGGGGUGCAGGGGGGGGUGCUAUUUUUCAUGAUAAAGCAAAAAAGUAUUAGAGACGAAAUGAGAUACAGUAAUUUGAGUAAUAAUAUGAUGAUAAGCGACUGUGAACAACAAUUACAAUUCAAAUACUGUAGUCAAGCAAGACUUUGCAGUAGUGAAGCAAGUUGAUGGGCGGGCGGCACGCAUCACCGACAAGAAUAUCAUAAAACUGAAUAUCAUCUUUGUGAAGUUAUGGCCGGAAUUAGUUUCUGCAAAUUGAAUAUAUAUCAGCCAUUUUAUUUUUCUUUCAUCUGACAUACUAUAAAUCUAAUUUUAUUUAUUUAACUGGUCAACUGUUAAACAUCAGUCCUUUAAAAUUUUUACAAGCUACUGAGUAUUGAUUGAAGCCCUUGGCAACAAUGCAAUCACCAUGAGCAGAUACAUAUACAUAUACCUAUUUUUCUAAUAUGCCCUGAUUCUUAGAUUUGUCACUGAUAAUUCACGAAGUUGUCAAAGAAAACGUCAUAUCAGAAAAAACAUUGAAGAAGAGAAAUUUUCCGCACACGUUUUUUUUUACCGUACCUAUGAAGAUUCAAAUCGAGACAUGUAGACAAACGUUGAGGUAAACUAUAAACAUAUUUUUAUUUUUUUAUGGGAUACCUAUAUAUUUUUUUUCGUCAGUCAAUAGUCAAUACUGGAUAUGUUUAAACAGAAUACCAAUCAAAUGAAAAUUUUCGAAAUCGGCAUUUUCUUGGCUUUCUUCACUAAAUAUUUGGUAAAGUUACACCUAAAAUUCGUUGCGCCAUGUUCAAUAGACUAAAACGCACGUUCAUCAAUGAACAGUCAUAAACGCAUCCUUUCGUUGUUUAGAACUAAGUAACCUCGAUGGACAGCUACAAAUAGACGAAUUUCCGGUAAGACAAUUAUUUAUUCAACGAGUUUAUUCAUACAGGGCGGAGUACGCGCGUGAUACGGAUGCAACCUAGGGCAAAAGCCUUUGGGUGAAGUUUGAAUAUAAAACAGAUUUUAAUAUGCAUAGUUGUGGCUAUAUUUCGCAAUAUUUUUAGUAUGAAUACAGUUCAAACAUAUUAAAUAUAUAGCCGGACUGUACGUAGAGUAUCACUCUGAGUACGUAAUCAGUAUAUUUAUGUUGUAGGAAAAUUCUGCGGUCAAAGAGAAUUUAUUAUCGAUAAUGCGUGCGUUUUUAUUACUUCCAUCGGGGAAUAAUCAAAUGAGAACAUCUUUUGUCGAUUACUUGACACCAUCUAGAAACUCAUCAGGCAUUUUGAAGCUUCUUAUCUCACGUAUAUAACUUGAAAGAAUAGUUCAAAUCGGAGUUGAUCCUCGGAAGAUAUCAUGGCUGAAUAUUGACCAUCUUAAAGCUCUUAUGCAAAAACCCACCCUGAAGGUCGUGAAACAUACUUUUUCUAUUUUUAUCGAUUUUUGUUGUUGCUACGUGUUGUUGACCAAUCAGAUACGAUUUUGCCGUGAUUGGCUGAAACGAUCGCUACUAAUUACUACAUAUUAUCGCUAGUUAACUACUGUAAAUUUAUUACUGCAUAUUUAAUUGCGAAAAGAUUUAAUGGCUAUUUUUUACAAGAUUCUGCAGGCGGAAUUGUGUGACCUUCUUACCGGCCCUUCCAUACCAGCGGAAGGUCACACACCAAUUGGAAUUGUGACCGUCCCAUCAAACAUGAGACCCUGUAAAGGAGGCAGUGCAUAGGUAUAUACGAGACCUAAAUUGCUGGUGUAUCUAUCGGAGGCGUGAUCUCUAUGACAAAUCCAAAAUGGCAGCUCAACCGGGCAAUAAACAUAUAGCUAGUAUUUCGAAGUCAAUGUGGGUUUUUUUAAACUUUUUUUUGUGGUUUUACUACUUGGAAUCCGAGUUCACAAAGUAUUUAUUGCGAAGAGGAUGGGAUGUAAACUGAACAGGUUGUGGUGAAUAAUAUGAAAAUAUCUGUCCUAGACGUUGCAUGAAAAUGGUUUUUAUUUGGUCAGUUUGAGUGAUCUGUUUGGGUUUACAUGUAGAUAUAUAGAUAAUAUUGUUUAUUCAGGAGAAUUCACAUACCACAUUGUGUUUUUCAGAAGAACCCCGAGAAACAUUGAAAUACAAAGAUAAUACCUUAAUCUUGUAAGCUCUAAAAUCCAGAAAAAUACAUUCGCUAAACUACUUCACUUUUAGUGCAUGUAUGCAUAUCACAUCUGCAAAUGUGGUUCAGUGGCAUAACUUUGUGCUAAAGUUCCCUUGGGUUAAACUUGAGAGGACCCUCUGAUCGAUCCUGCCCAUUCAAAGUGGAGGGCGGCUACACUGACCUCCUCCGCAAGCAUCUCUUCGAGAAUCGGGUAGAUCGGAACCAUGUCCUAUUCGCAGGCCAUAAUCCACAAGUAUUCCUGCGGAGGAGGCUAAGGUUAUUCCAAGGAGUUCUAAAAUUUGUUGAAAUAAUUUAACUGAGCCCCUUUGUCAUCUUCGCUCAGAGCUCCUUCAAUGACCCGGUGGUUGGGGAGCUGGGUUGUGCCGGGCGGCACCCGAAGGAGCUACACCACUGAUGGGAUUCAGCCACUGCGGUUGUAUGAUCGUCAGUGGAAAAUGUGAUUCUAUCAAUCAAACGCAGCAGGUUCCUAUCAGGGCACUCAGAAUCCUCCACUCAAAGGAAAAUCGUGUAAAUACCAACAUACGUGAAAGCACCAAAAAAUUAAAAGUCAUUUCGUAAUACUAGCUGUAUGUGUUUUUGCCCGGUUGAGCCGCCAUCUUGGAUUUAUCAUGGACGUCAGCAAUCUUGGUUUAUUAGAGACCCUACGAUUUUAAGACGGCAACGCGACAGCGACGGCCAAAACAAACUUCUUCGAAUAAAUGGCAGUAAAGAUAAUUCGUCGUGUAUUAUCAUCAAUCUUAUGAAUUUAAUACAGUUAAAGACAUGGGUUUUAUGGUUGGCAACAGUUCUCCUGAACCCAUUUACAGGGCCUUCUGACAAAAUGUCCGGUGACGUUGAGUUUGGGUCGGACAUAUGUCCAAUAACCUUCAGUUCAGUUUUGACUCGGAAAUAAGUCUGAAUGACACAAAUGAAUAAACGGUAAAUGUUGUAAAAAUAUUAAAUAAUUUGUUUCUUUCAUACUUAUUUCCAAGCCAAAAUUAACUUGCUUGCCAGAACAGCAGUAUGAAAAAAGACUUCGACAACUUAAACCCGUUUUCCACUUCACCAUUUCGCUCGCCGCCCCGCGCUCGACUACGUUAAAACAAUAUUUCCAGUUCACCUUUUAUACAAUAGUAUACUCUUUUUUUCCAUUUAACAUACAAGCCUCUAGUCCUGGGCUAGGGUACAUUUUGAUUUAUACGUUGAACAAAGCUACAGUUCGGUCGGACACAAAUACACUCAGGUCGGACAAAGAAUAAACCUCAGUUUCACUUAGGUCAGACAGAAUGUCCGGUGGUUUCCUCUCUACGUCGGACAAUUUCACGAAUGCGUCGGACAAUGUCCGUGACCGACCGAUAUUUCAAAGCCUGGAGGUUGUUGUCCGAAAAAAAAUUUUUCCGGAAAAAUUUUUUAAAUAGGGGCCCCUAAAUACGUUUUGCCCCGGGCCCCGCCAACCUCUCGGCGGCCCUGGGUGUAGUCGCUGGAGAAAGUACGUGUGGCUCUAAACUCUCCGAAAUCUUAACUAUCCAAUUUAAUUCUCUCUCUGUAAUAACUCUCCAUUUAGUCAUACCCUACAUGCUUGUUUAGGUAUUGUUUUUCUACGGUACUGUUGUAACUUACGCAAUUGUUUGACUUCCAGAUGCCAGCGACCUCUGCAAGUCAUCUUCGCUUUGUAAUCAAGUCUGGUUAUGAUCACUUCGCAGCUGUGUAUCAAGUCGCCAUCGAUGGUUCUUUGGACGAUUGAUCAACAAAACUUAUUCGGGAGGGGGUGUACAAUUAUUUAUAUUAUUAAUUUAAUAGUAUUUAACAAUUAUUCGCCGAAGGCGAGGUGAUUAUCGGGCAAUAUUCGCCGAGACGAAGUCGAGGUGAAUGUUCCCCGAUAAUCAACGAGCCUGAGGCGAAUAAUUCUUUUAGUAUUUUUGCACAAGUUAUUUUGUGUUUUCUGGUGUGAAUUCAUAAUUUUAAUUUCGCUUAUUUCUUUAUCACUAACUUCAACAAAAUGGCUAGCCGCCAUUUUGAAAAUUUCGAUUUUGUUAUAUUCACCUGUAGGUGAAUAUAACAGCUUAAAACGUCAAAUUUAAUCGAUCAACUUGUAGGAUUUGUUAUGGUCACUUGUGCAUAAAUACUAAUUUUCAAUGUUUCUACGCGUGUACUUUUAAAACAUCGUGACGUCAAGAAACUGUAGAAAUGUAUAGAAACUUUCCUUUUGACAAUAUCGUUUGAUCAGAUUCUAACCAUCCAUACCUACACAUGCGAAGUUUGCGGUUUUAUUUCCCUUGCCCAUGUACAUGCAGUGCUCAGGGUUGAGCUCCCAUCGUUAAAAUUUCCUUUCAAAGUUUCCCUGGGCUUCCUCACUCCCCCGGGGCCCCUCGGAUUUUCAUCAAGAUUGAGAAUUUAUCUUUGAUAAUACAGUGUGUCCCAAAAAAAUUGCAGUAGCAGUAUUCCAGAUUUUUUAUUGCUAAUUUUCAAGGGUGUAUAUUCUUCAAUGACCUUUGAUUCCUCCCCCCCCCUUCAGCUUUGAUUUUCUUCCCUGUAUCUUGAAGAAAUUUGUGCACGACAUCGGAGUCUGGGCUCUACCUUUACUAUUCCAGUAAUUUUCCUUCGAUUUAAAUAAUUAUUUUUGAAAAAACGUUUGGUUUAAGGUAGAAAAAUGACGUUACAAUGCUGAUUUUGAUAACAAAUUUUCCUGUUUAUGUAGAACUUCUGCAUCUCAACGAUAAACAGCACAACAAAAUAAUUGAUUAUUGAUAUAUUAACUAGAGAUGUUACUAUUAAAAAGUACUCCUCUCCCUCUAAAUUUCGUUCAUCUUUUAACAAACGUUUUUAGUUUCACAAACAAUAUAUAUUCACUUUUUUUAAAUUUGAUUUAAAUAUUAUUUGACAUUAUGUUCCAAUUCCCCUUGCUCUUGCCAUAAAAAGGCAUACGUCAACUAUACCCCUGCCCCUCCUUGCUGACAUCAUAUGAAACUGAUCAAGUUUUCUCAGUUCUUUUGCAUUCUCAUCCUUUUCCUUUUGUCCUUUCUAUUCUUUCCCCUUUUUUCUCUUCUUUUCGCUCUUUCUUUUCCCUUCCUUUCUUUUUCACUUUUCUUUGAAUUUCUUGCCUGGCCCUAAGACCCGUGUAUAAGAAUAUACACCCCUGCUAAUUUUAAAAUUCAAUCUUACUGAUAAAUUUCACGCUAUUAAAAUUGGUUUAGCAGAACCAAAUCUUAGUGUCAAAAUUCAUCUCUUGGAUUCAAUUUUCAAAUUCGAUUCCCACUAAUAAUGAGCUGUGUGAAAAUCUGGAGCGAUGUUACUACUGCAUUUUUGGUGGACACCCUGUAUAACAAAUUUUUACCAAUUUAAUAAGAUUUUGCAUAAUUGUUUCACUUUAUUUCUUAAGACUUUACACUUGCAUUUUUUUUGAUAUGCCAUUUUACUAAUAGUGACUUGCCGACGACAUUGUUUACAAUCUUUGAUUGGGGUAAUAUCUUUGUAUAUGGGUACGUUUCUAUAGGUCAUUUCGACGUGAUGCUGUAUCUGGCGAUUGUUAAAACAUGUGUAUUCAGUGGCGAAGCCAGAUGUCCUGCUUGUUCUGCUGAGCAUGACAUAUAAAAUUUCAGAUAAUGAAUUUUUACGCAUAUAACUUUUUAAACGAAAAUGUACUUGUUCACUUUUAUCCAGCUUGACAUAUAUUCUUACAUUUCUAUAUAUGACAACUGCUGAAGCACUAUGCAUAAAAAACACAUUAACUGAUCAAAUUGGUCUUGGCCAUCUUAUCUCAAAGCACGAAAUGUGCUGUUUUGAGAAAACAGUAUUUAAAACAUUUAAACUUUCGCUUGAAUAGCUUAUAUUCUUAUAUUUUGAAAAACAGUAUAAACUGUACGGUCUAAAUUUAGUUUGCACGGUCUAAAUUUAGUUUGCACCAAAGGGCUAUUAGUAAAACCAGGAACAACGGAACACCGGAACAGCAUCAUUCCGGAACACCGGAACACUAAAAAUUCUUAAUUUGUUAAAAAUUCGAAAAAAAUUACCGGGGGUGAAAUUAUUGCUGGAAAAUUAUUGCGUAAAACAUGUUUUUUAAUAAUAUUCUGACUUGCCGAUUCCUACUAAUUACGAAUUGAAAUCAAAUUAACAAAUACUUGCCCGAAAAGAAGAAAUCAAACCUUGUUAUUUGUUGACAAUAAAUGGCUAUCUUUGUUAUUGAAAACAUGACCUUUGGCCGGCUUUUGGUCAAUAUUAAUAGUGUAACAACAGGUGUUGUGGAGUGUAAUUAACAUACCUCCACAUUAAUUAACAUAUCUCCACAUUAAUAAAUAUACCUCCAUAUUAAUUCGUAUACCUCCACAUUAAUUAACAUACCUCCACAUUAAUUAGUAUACUUCACAUUAAUUAAUAUACCUCGUCC